GACUUUGUGUACACUGGUGGCAUCGCCGUGUUCUUCCUCAUCGCCUCCAUCGUUUUUGCCGCAGAAAACGGGAACACAUCAAUGGAGAAAACUGCUGUGGCGUUCGGCUUCAUGGCGUCCUUGGCGUAUCUCCUCGACUUCGGCCUGUUCCUGAAAAAUCGUGGGUUUCCCUUUAAAAAGGACGGGAAGCUGGAGCCCAGUAACGGCGUCGCGGUGCCAGCCAACGCUCCAGAGACGGAGAAACUGGCGCCGGCGCCCAAUGGGCCAGAAGAGGCCUGAUUUAAACGUUCCCCCGUGUGCAUUCGUACGCUGCACGCCGAGGUCAGAGAUUAUUUUGUGCACUAUUCCUUUAAGAUGACGACGAGAGGCGGAGCUUCUGCGGCCGACAGCUGACCUGGUUUAUUAAGUCGUUUCAUAUCCUGUUUUUGUCUCUUCCACGCCACGUGCUGCACUGAUCAGUACAUGAAAAAUAUAACCAAUCACAGCGCAGAGCGUCUGAGCUCAGUUUGAGUUUUAAGAGAGAACACACACAUUGUUUCAAAACAGGAAGUCUGUUUCUUAUGUUUGACGUAUUUUCAGGUUUUAAAGGGUCGUUCUUUUUACAUCUCGUUUUACCUCAGUAGAGCCCCGCCCCCCUAACCCUCGCUCACGUCUCCUCCUCACAAACAUCAUGAAGUCUGUUCAGUGAAAUCCCCGUCAUGCACACCGACUGUUGUAAAUACUCAUCUUACUUUGAGAGUUUGUGGUAAACUCCGCCCACUCGUGAUGUCAGAGAGUCUUUAAUGUCUUCUAUCUGAAGCAGCUUCAUCACCAGAGACGGGCCUCGUGUUUCGACCUUUGACCCCUACAGCUACACUGUUUGUACUCGUGAUGUUUUAUACUUUUUAUUGAUUUCAGCGUCUGUGUUUUUGAUCAAUCACGUCGUGCCUUCUGUCCCGCUGAUUCAAACGUCUUAAUCACUUUGUUUUUAAUUUAAUUUGUGUGAAGGAAAUAAAGCCUGAACAUGAGCGGUUAGUGUUUAUUAACGGCGCUCUUCGUGCUGGCAGCGAGCGCCACAGUCUGUAAAUAUCAACGUUUUAUUUUUAGAGGUUUUUUGGGUUCAAAGUUCAAACAUUUCCAACGUCUCAGCCAGCGUCAGCGUCUCCUCAUUGUUGUCGACCAACCUGAAAUCAGAAGUCCCGCCAAAUUCUCGAUCCUGAUUGGUCUGUGGGGGAGAAGGGACAGUCAUCAGAGGCUCGAGUCCUCCAAGCAUCGGGUUCAAAUCCGACCAGUGACUCCUUUCCUGCAUGUCAUUCCCCACAAGAUGUUUUCUGUUUUGUUUUUUGGACUUCUGGCGCUCUGUAGAAAACCGACCAAGCUUUCAUUUUAUUUGCAAGAACGCAUUCCCCUCAGCCUCCAAAGACACGAUCCUUUCGUGAUUAUUUUAAUCCAUGUUUUUAUUCUGAUGCCCAGGACAUGAAGAGGACUGCAAGACUUCUCAGAGCUCUCAUGUUUCUACUUUUCUGAUUAAACGACGUCAUUAAGGUGUAAAAAUCAAAACGUCCAAUGAGUGAAAUCUGAUUUUCUGCUGCAAGAUAUUCAAAUGAAUGGGAAUAAUCACGAGAUGGAGAAGUGGGACGCUGAUGUUUUAUGAAACGGAGACUGAUCCGUCUGAGUGCAGAAGACUUGAAACCUGAACGGUGGCCGUCACAGAUUCAAACCUUCUCACAGACUGAUUCACAGUUUGAACUUAUUCUGUGCUUGUUCACUUUAAUGACAUGAAUAAUAACUUGACAAUCACAGAUCAUUUUCCUAACCAAUCAGAGCACACUGAAAGAACGUUCUGUCAGAUGAUCCCAGAUAUCUGUUUUUUUUAUAUUCCAGCAUUUUUCACCUUCAAACGUUCAAGACAGUGAAGUUUAUUAUGUAGAAAUAAAAAGCCUGUGGUAGAUAUAUAAAUCUAUAUGUUCAUGAUCUCUUCUAUCGUGUGCCUGUUUUCUACACCUUUACACACUUAAUACUGUUUAUAACAGAUCUCACUUUGUCUGUGAGCAUGUUUGAUAUCUCAUCAUUUUAUCAUCCUUUUGUUUAAUAAACACAUUUUCAAGGAAUAAA